AGGUUAGCAGCACCAGGGAGAUUGCGAUUCCUGCAGAGGCACCUGGCGAGGUUAGCAGCACCAGGGAGAUUGCGAUUCCUGCAGAGGCACCUGGCGAGGUUAGCAGCACCAGGGAGAUUGCGAUUCCUGCAGAGGCACCUGGCGAGGUUAGCAGCACCAGGGAGAUUGCGAUUCCUGCAGAGGCACCUGGCGAGGUUAGCAGCACCAGGGAGAUUGCGAUUCCUGCAGAGGCACCUGGCGAGGUCGCAGCAGAAUCACAUGAGUCUGCGCCGAAAGAGGCAGAGAAACAACUGGAGGUCGGCAAUGCAAGACAGGCCUCAGAGACAAGCCUUGAGGUGGUACCUUACCAUGAACACCAAGAUGAAGUGCCCGAACCCGUCACCAUUGAGGAUCUCAUGGCAUCCAUGCAGAUUGACUCUGCGACCGGCCCGCCAAUUGAGCCACAAGUCUCACAGGAGGCUUUGGCCUGGCAGCAAUGGCAACAAUGGGAACAAUGGCAACAAGCUCAAGCUCAGUUUGCUCGAGAGGCAGAUGCUAAGCUUUUGCUGCCAGAGCAUUUGCGACCCAAGCCCGUCCUUGUACGAAAGCCACACUACGAUACGGUCAGUUGGGAGGUCCGAGAAGAUCACAGCCAGUAUGAGACUGGCGAGAUGGAGGAUCGCAUCCGAGGUGUCAAUCACUGGAGCAAAGGACAUGGAAAAGGUGCAGAGACAGAGGAAGAGGAUGAGGAUUUGCCCUGGGCAGGAGUUGAAAGAGAAGGGGAUGACCUGAAAAUGGCGAAAAAAGAGUCAAAGGAAGAGUCAAAGGAAGUUGCAGAGAAGGACAGUGACGAAGAAGACAGUGAAGAAUCGGUGAAAGGCAACAAAAACUCCAGGUCUAAGAGCAAAAAAGACAAGAAGAAGAAGAAAGACAGGAAGGAAAAGAAAGACAAGAAGGAAAAGAAGGACAAAAAGAAGAAGAACGAGAACGGGGCAAAGAAGAAAGACGCUGCUCCGGCACCAAAAAGGAAAGCAGCAGCAAAGCCUAAAGCCAAAGCAGAGGGCAAAGAAGAGUCAAAGGAAGAGUCAAAGGAAGUUGCAGAUAAGGAGAGUGACGAAGAAGACAGUGAAGAAUCGGUGAAAGGCAACAAAAACUCCAGGUCUAAGAGCAAAAAAGACAAGGAGAAAAAGAAAGACAAGAAGGAAAAGAAAGACAAGAAGGAGAAGAAGGACAAAAAGAAGAAGAACGAGAACGGGGCAAAGAAGAAAGACGCUGCUCCAGCACCAAAAAGGAAAGCGGCAGCAAAGCCUAAAGCCAAAGCCAAAGCAAAGGCCUCUGGGGAGAAGAAACAAAAAAAGGCUGGGACUGCCAUACUGGGGGAACACAAAAACAACCCUGCUUCUUUCGAUCAGGAUCAAGCAGGAUGACAUCCAAAAA